UGAUUUAAAUGUAAAGGGGACCAAAUUAUUUUCCAGACAGAUAAGAUACGGCUUCUACAUGCAGACAAACCGAAAGUACACAAGAAAAACCAGUUUUAAUGUACACAGUCAGUGCUAACAAGAAACGGUGUUUUUCUCACUGGACUAAACGGUGAUGAAUGAAACAGAAAGAUGGAUUUGAUGAAUUAGAGUAAGGGAACCUUCCUGGAGAUGGAGAUGUUUAAUAAGCUAUUUAAGCAUAAGGCAUCUAAGUCAAACUGGAUGUGCCAUAAGUGUAAAAACGAGGUGGACCAAGGAGAAAAAUGCAAAACAUGUCAAAGAUGGUUUAAUAAGAAAAAAGAUGAAGAAGUAGGCAGCACAAGAAAGGAACAAAAUUCAAAAGAAGCAUUGGAUGGAGCAACUAGUCAUUCUGGUGAUGAUCAAGUAAAUAGAAUAAACUGUGAUGUCGGCGAAGAAGGAGGGAUUGAAACAGUCAAUAGUAGUGGAUGGACUUGUAAGAUCUGCUACAUGAGUGGGAAUCAAAGUACUGAAUGUAAGAUGUGUAAACAAACCAAAAAGGAAUUGAGUGAUGAAGAUAACAUUAAGAAUAGAAGGAAGAGGAAGAACCUCAACAGAAGCAGGCUCAAGGCAGGUCACAGUCUAAAAGUGAAGGACGAACGGGAUAAGCAGAAAAAAGUUGCAAGGGAUAUUGCAAGAAACAUUACAGAUUAUUGCAAAGAGAAUAAUAUUCAUUAUGAAGACAGGAGUUUUCCUGCUUCAAAUGACCCUAAACGAGAUGAAGAGCGAUGGAUAAGAAUAGGCCAAAUUGAGGACAACAGCUGUAGAGGAAAAGGAUCUUGGAAAAUCUUUAGGAACCCAAGCCCAGAUGAUGCAAUACAGGGGGCAGCAGAAAACUGCUGGUUUCUGUGUGCAGUAAGUUUAUUGUCUCAGAAAGAAGAACUUCUGAAAGACAUUUUCAUCACUGAGAGUUUUUGUGAGGAGGGUUUGUAUCAAGUUCGCCUAUGUAAAGAUGGAAACUGGAAGACUGUGAUUGUUGAUGACCGCUUUCCCUGUGAUAAAAAAGGAAAUCUGAAAUAUUCUAGAUCACAAAACAAACAGCUGUGGGUAAUGCUGUUAGAAAAGGCGGCAGCUAAACUUUAUGGAGGGUAUGAAGCACUGCACUCUGGUCUAGUGGUAGAGUCCCUGGCCAUGCUUACAGGGGAGCCAUGUGAACACAUUGACCUCAAAGGAUCUGAUGAGGAGAAGGAAGAUGACAACAAACUUAAAUUAGAUCUUGACAAACUUUGGACUGAAUUGAAGGCUUGGCAUUCCUCUAGGUAUUUGAUAGGAAUAAGUACCCCAGAAGAUUUACAGCAGGGGGAACUGGAGUCCUCUCAUUGUUAUCCUGUUCUUGAAGUUCAGGAGAUGAAUGACACAAAACUCAUGAAACUGUGGACAUGUUCAGACCAUAAGCACUGUAUCACUGGAUGUUUGACAAGCAACGUUGAUCUUCAGAAAGAGAAGAAAAGAUUGUUACGAAACCUUAAAACAGGAGAAUUUUGGAUUUCAUUCGAGGAUGAAUUUAUAAAAUACUUUAAUAGCCUGUCUGUCUGUAAAACAGAUGAAGGAUGGUUUGAAUCUCGCUUUAAAGGUGUGUUUCCUCCUGUCUUGAGUAAGGAGUGGAAAUACUACUCCUUUAGACUUGUGAAUGACACCAAACUAAAACUUGGACUAUUUCAGAAAAGCAUGAGAGGAACGGGUUUAAAGAUAGAAGCCUUCACAGAUCUACUGAUUAUGGUGCUUAGAAACCAAGACGACGGUUCUGGACAUCCGUUUAUGACAGCCCCGUUGUUUUCAGAAGUCAUGAGCUACAGUAAGAGGCGGGCCAGAAGCCUGACAACCUGUAAUGUAGACCUUACCCAGGGUAGUUACACAGUGGCCUGUUUUUCAUUCGGAAAGUUAAGACAAGAUAAUAAUUUUGAGGCAGAAGACUAUGUCAGUUACACCUUAAGCAUGCACAGUUCCGUCCAGCUGCAUUUUGUUGAGGAAGUCAAUGCCUCUAGCUUUCCAGAGCUCAUGUAUGCCUCCGCUGAUGCUCUCAUUACAUUGGCCAAACAGAGCAAGAUCAAAGAAAAUGGUGUAAAAAUCAGUGAUAUCGACGCAUUUAAUAUUGCGGAUGGUGUGUAUUAUGUCAAGUUCUGGUUCUAUGGACAAAUGUGUGUCUUUAUCAACGAGACAACAGAAGGCUAUUCUUAUCUUAGGAACUACAGGGAUAGUGAAUACAUUUUAGAUGUUAGGAAUAGAAGGAAUACCUUGGAUUACAUUCCACAUAAAUCAGGACGUGUUAUAAAUAUAGUGACUCCUCAAAACCCUGAGACUUCUUGGACAAUUGCAACUCAGAGUGAUUACAAGAAGUCAGAACCACUAGAAAGUAGUCCACCAGUUCCAGACACACUGAAAGGUCUCUUAACACCAAGACCCAUUCCUGAAAUUUCUUCAUCAUCAUAAUAGUAUAUAAAUUUUGAGAUGAUUGAGAGAUAGUCAUAGAGAAACUGACAUAUCUCUAAUGUGUUUACAUAGAUUCAAUUUGAUUAAUAUUUUAUUCAAGUAUAUUAAGAAUAUAUGAAUUGGAUCAAACAGCUGGUAAGAUGCCUAUAUAUGUUCUCUCCUGUAUCGUAAAAAAGAGAAUUAUAUAAUUAUAUAUAUGAUGAUUUAAUGAAAAAUAAUUAAUACAUGCCCUGAUCUUAUAUCAUUUUGCAUUUGCGUGAUAGAUUAGAGCUGAACUUAAAACAUUAAAAUGCAUGUAUGAAGGUACAUGUAGCAAGCAUUGCAUAAAUAGAAUAAAUAUCGGUAACCUACAGGGACCUCGAUAGUUUGCAAAUUACGAACAAUGUUCAUGUACCUAUUUACCAUUUAGCAUUAAAGCUGUUUUAAAAUCUAAUUUUGUUUCUUUUUCUUGA